AUGACACUUUUCUUCGGUUCAUCUUGCGGAUCACCUUGCUAUCUGACUUUCACCCGACUCCUACUCUUCCUCUCGGCCAUCGCCAGCAUCCAAAUCACUGAGGCCUCUCCAUUCAGAACCACUGAUCCUAGCAGUAAAACUGAUUCGACCAGUAAAACUGAUUCAACCAAUCAGCAAUCCACUCAACACAGCCUAACCUCAAUAUCAAACAUGUCUUCCAUGAAAGGAUACAUUAAACCAAGAUGUUCAAGAAGCUCCAUGAGCAAUGCCAUCUCUCUCCAAGACUGUUACGGUGCACUCUCACAACUCCCGUUCAACGCAUCUGACUCUCUCUCCUUGUCUCGACCUGUCUCUAAAUCUGCAAACACAUGUUCGCUCACCAUCUCAAAGGUCACUGACAGAAAUCCAGACCCUGGCGAUCAAGCUGCGGUCAUUAAUGUUUAUGCGCCAACGCUUUUCGGUCCAGUGGGGCAGAUCUUAGCAUCAUGUUCAAAUCAAGCUGGUACUUUAUAUCUCUGGGCCGGAGGAGCAAAUGUUCAAAUCAAAAUAGACAAUUCUGCUUAA